AUGGCGUUCAACCAGCACCGUACCAUCGACGACAAGUCCUUUGAGUACGUUUUCGUUCAAAAUCAAGGUAUCCCGCUUAAGACGUAUGAGAAGGGCGUAUUAAGAUGCAAUGUUUUCUUACCAAAGGACGCAGCUCCCUUUGGCGACAAGGUGUAUCCAGUUAUAGCGACAUAUGGUUCAUAUGGGAAGGAUGUACCAUAUGAAAGCUUCUACAAGAAAAGCUGGAGUCAGCUCAAUCCACAGAUGAAAUCGGCCCAUUCUGCUUGGGAGACUCCAGACCCUCGCUAUCGGACAGGCGAAGGAUAUAUCGUUGUCCGCGUUGAUGAGCGUGGGUCUGGCCAGAGUCCUGGCUUGCUGGAUACGAUGUCUCGUGGGACCAGCGAAGCUUUUUACAACGUUGUCGAAUGGAGGCCCAAAGGACUAGCAGCAGUCAUACCCAUCCGACGAGCCUCUUCUAAGACUAACUGCGAUUACUGCGAAGAAUUUGGGUGGGAGAACGGCGUCCAGCCAAACCAGUAUGGAAUGCCCGGCCGUGCUGCUCGAAAAUGGGUUGCAAAUCGACGGAAUCAGAUGGCCGACACGACAGGGCACAAAUACAUGGACGAAGAAUACUACAGGAGCAGGGGUUUCGAUCUUGCUAGCAUUGAAGUUCCGCUACUCAGUGUAGCAAACUGGGGAGAUAUUCUUCUGCAUUUGCGAGGAAACGCCAUUCUUUGA